GAUUAAAAGUUACCAGUCAACUAUACAUUUAAGAUAACAAAAGAAGCUGUCUGUUAACCCAUUUCACUGUAGUUUGGAAGGAAAGAGACGCAAUACAGCGAGUUAUUAAGUAAGAAACUUUCAUAAUGAAGAAUUGCCAAGGAAAUAGUUUUUACUCAAUUCGAGUUCUUGGAUUCAUUGCUGUGGUCAGCAGCUUCUUUCUACUGUUUGCCUGGAAGCAAUAUUCUGUGAAUAAAGAAUAUACAGGGACAACAUUAAACAAACACAACCAAAAGUUUAUAAAUAAUUCUAAGGAAUUUCCAAAUAAUCAAGUGCAUCAUAUAAAUAAGAAAACUGUAAGCAAAAAGAAACAGGAAUUGGUUCAGUUAAACAACAAAACUAAAUAUAUUAUUUUUUACUGUGUUGAUCAUAGAGGUUGUGGAGGUUGGGGAGAUAGACAGCAUGGAAUAAUUUCUAUAUAUUUAAUGGCACAGGCCAUGGGUCGUCGUUUUGGCAUCAUUAUUUCAAGACUUUGUAAUUUUACUAAUUAUCUUCAACCAAACAAAAUUAACUGGACAAUUGACCCAAAAGAGUUGCAUGGCCUAAGAAGUCGUCGCCUUCAUUUGGUUGACAACAAUACGUACAUUUCCUCUUUACAAUCAGCAGACUUAGAAAUGCUUUACCCUGAAGAUGUCCUCUAUCUGACAACAAAUCGAAUCUAUUUUCAUGCCUUGAAACGGAAUCCUCGCUACAAAGAACAACUGCAUUGGGCAUCAAAAAUGUCAUAUGGAAAUUUAUUUGCUAAAAUGAUGAAUUUAUUGUUUCGCUUCAGCGAUCAUUUACAGGAAAAAUUUGACAAAUUCUUUGAAGUCAAUAUCCCCAGGCCAGAUAUACAUCUGGUGUGUGCUCAGAUUCGAAUGGGACAGAACCCUAGUGUUCCAGGAGAUCCCCCAAGGAAUUCAAUGUCAAGUAUUCAGAUUAUCUGGAACUUGUUAAAUAAGUACAACACAAGCAAGUACAAAAUAUUUGUGACAACAGACUCAGAAGAGGUACAGGCGAUAGCUUUUAAAAAAUUUUCUCCUCAAAUUGUGUACACAUCAGGGGGAAUAAUGCAUAUGGAUCGGCCACGUAAGGAGAUGAAAAACAAGUGUGAUGGUGUAAGGAAGGCGUUUUUGGACCAAUAUAUUCUGAGUGAAUGUGAUACGUUGAUAAUAAGCCGAAGUGGUUUUGGUGAAAAUGCUAUGAUGAUGAGCCAAAAAGACAACAAAGUGUUUUAUUUUAGAUAUACAAAAAUAAAACAAAUCAACAAAGAAAAAUUUUCUGCCAUCUGGCAAAAAAAAUGGUUGUGAAAUAAGAUUUUUUUGGCACACAGAAUCUGAAAGUGACAUCCAUGUAUCAUCAUCAUGUCAAGAUCUUAAGAUACUGGAUGCAUAGAAUUUCAUUGGUCUUUCAAUAAAACAGCUUAUGAGGAAUAAGGUAUAACAUACAAACAUACAUAGCAAUGGAUUUUCCUUCAAAACCAGAAUGUUUUCUUGAAAUUCUACUGAAGAACUAUUAAAAAUCUUCAAAUUUCUAUAGGCAACUUAUAUCAUUGUUUUAUGCCUAAUUUCCCAUGAAUAUCUGUUUGGAUACUUUUCCUGAAUGAUGAACCUCAGGAAGAUGACGAACCAAGUUCUAGUAUGGGUCCACCAUCGUAUACAAGACUCAUUUGCCUUGAUACCUUUAUUCCAUUGAUUUUAUGUCCUGAUGGAAAUGUUCUCCAUGCUAGUCACUUGUGUCACCAGAAUCUUUAGGGAAUUCAUCAUGGUGGCUGUGGGCAUUGUGCAGCUUUAUGCUUAUAUUUGCUGUCAAGUUUUGAAAGUUCUCCAGCCAUGUUGUCAACUAUUUCAGCAUAACUGGUUGCUUUCUUCUUUCCCAGAAAGUUAUUUACAACUAUUACAAAUAAGUUUCAUGUUUCAUGUUCUCAUCUUUCAUAGAUUUUCUGAUUUGAGGCUCGUCAAAUACUCCAGCAUUUAUCUUUUUGCUGCUCAGACUGGGAAACAUGCUGCAAAUAUGGUGAAAAAAUGGUUUGUCUUUAUCCAGAACUUCAACAAUCUGCUUCAUAAUACCAAGUUUGAUAUGGACUGGAGGAAGAUAUUUAUUUUUUAAAUAAAUGCCUUGAAUUAACGGUUUGUAGUGGAUCUGUCUUGCAAGAAAGUUUGCAGAGUAACCUCCCCUCUCUAAGUUUCUCCAAGCAUUUGUGUCAGGAGACACGAUUCUUAAUUAUUCAAGAAGCUUAGCAUUUCUCUUGGAAGUUUCUAGAAUGUUUAGCGUUCCAUUAAUAAAAACAGCUUGCUAACCCUGCUCUUUGCUUCUUAGUUGAUUAGACUUAGAGCCAUUCACGUCAUUCCUAUGCCCGUCUAUUUCUCUACGCCACAUGACCGAAAGCCACCACUUAGCUGUUAUUUCUGUAUUUUCUAUCUCUGAAUUUUCUUGCAUAGAUUACUUCAUUCAACUAGAUUCUACAAUUUUGGUUAUGUAAUAAAAAUAUUUUUAUGCAGUAA